CGGGAUCCUACCGGAAGUACCCGCUACCGGCUUCCGGGGAGAUUUUCCGUCCGUCCGGCUCUGCGGACUCAAGGAGAGAAAAGGAAAAAACGUUCCUCAGUGUAACUGCACUCAGGACCUGAAAAGAUUCAUAAAUAUUCGUACACAGGUCCACAUCUGCCUCCCCAUGCAGAACUCCAUGAAAUGAAUAAAGCACCACAGCCUAUAACAGGACCCCCCUCCAUCCCCCACCCUGCCCCCUCCCCUGGCCUAUCACAGCCCUCAUACUCCCCCGGGCAGUCUGUAGUGUUUGCCUCCCCUCCUCCACAGAUGAACCCGACACCUCAGCCCCGACAGUUUGCCCCGGGGCCGCGGCCUUUACACCAACAGGGAAGCUUCAGGUCGCUGCAGCCCUACUACACCAACAGGGCCGGCCUCCCUCCUAAUGGGGGUCCUCGGGGCAUCCCUCCCAACAGCGGCCCCCGGCCCGUCACCCCGACCCACGUCUACCAGGCGGGCCCCGGCUCUCAGAUGAUGAUGAUCCCCGGGCAGCAGAUCCCCUUCCCCAGCACCCCCCAGGGACCCGCCUACUUCAUACCUGGACAGUACCGGUCAGCGGCCUACGUGACGACCCCCCAGCAGUACCCGGUCCCUGCAGGAACGCCCGGCUUCUACCCCGGCACCAGCCCCGCUGAAUAUGGUACUUACGCAGCGGCCUACUACCCCGCCCAGCCUCAGUUCACCCCCCCGGUGCAGGCGGCGCCCGUCAUUAUGAGCCCGACUCCUCAACAACAACAACAACAGCAGCAGCAGCAGCAGCAACAACAGCAGCAGCAGCAGCAACAACAACAACAACAACAGCAACAGCAGCAGCAGCAACAGCAACAGCAGCAGCAACAGCAGCAGCAGCAUCAGCAGCCUCCACAGCAGCAGCAACACAUCGCCUCCAAACGGGAACGCAAACAGAUCAGAAUAAGAGACCCUAACCAAGGAGGUCGGGAUAUUACAGAUGAGAUUAUGUCCGGGGGUCGCAGCGGCUCGACCCCAACCCCACCACAGUUAUCAGACAGUCCGACGGUUCAGGCGAACGGUGAGAGCGUCACAUCUGCUGCAGCGCUGGUUAGACCUGAUGACAGAGGGAGACCUACGCCCCCUCCUCCGUCAAAAACCCCUGAACUUGCUAAAAGCGAACCCCUCCUCACAGAAUCUGCCUCCUCUGACACGAACACUGCUCCCUCUGAACCCCCUCAAGAUCUCCCUCUCGAAACUCUCCCUCUUCCCACUCCUGCACCAACUGCCCCUGUUAUUGCAGACGUAAUGGAUGCUCCUCGGCCUACCAGAGACCCCACCCCAUCUCCCAAAUCUGCCCCAGAAGUGCCCGCCUACCCUGCCCCCCUCCCUGCUGCGAUACGAUCUGCUGCAAAAAUCAAGAAAGACGGGGUGGUGGUGAAGCAGCAGAAAGAAGAAGUAGAAGAUGUGCCUCGUUGUUCUCUUUCUACCACGAAUGGUGUCGCUGAAGUGGAGCCAGAAAAGCCGUCAGUCGUGGUGCCCCCCGCUCACCUGGAGGCCCCUCUUGAGUCUCCCAUUGCACAACCAGAGGAGCUUCGUCUCCCCAAUGGCCUCCCACUGCCGGCCCCUCGAGAUCCAGAGGUGCCGGAAACUAUUACCGCACGCACGACGACAGAGAGAGACGACAGCCCUAUCGCCGAACCCGAUAUCAGCGACGUGGUAGAAACCCCCGUCACUCAGGCGCCAAUUCUCCAAACCCCACUUUCAUCUCCUCCUGUGGUUGAGAAGCCCACACCUGUCGAGGAGACUCCAGUUGAGCUUGUCGUCGAGGAAGAGGAGGAAGAGGAGGAGGAGGAGGAGGAAGAGGAGAUGUCCGUCGAACCUGAAGAGGAGAAAGCGCCCGUCGAAACUGAAGAGCAAGAAGAAUGCCUCGCUCCUACUCAAGUGGAGGUUAUUGAAGAAUCCCCGGUGCCAGAUCCUGCAGAAACGGUACCAGUUGUAGCGGAAAGUGUUGAAGAAAUGGAGCUGACUCCCCCCCCCCUAAUAGCAGAAGAGGCAUUGACUCCACCCCCUCCCACAUCAGAAGAGGCAUUGACUUCUCCCCCUCCCACAGCAGAAGAGGUAUUGACUCCUCCCCCUCCAGCAGAAGAGGAAUCGACUCCUCCCCCUCCAACAGAAGAGGCAUUGACUCCUCCCCCUCCCACAGAAGAGGUGCUGACUCCUCCCCCUUCCACAGCAGAAGAGGUGAUGACUCCUCCCCCUUCCACAGCAGAAGAGGAAUUGACUCCUCCCCCUGCCACAGAAGAGGAUAUGGAGGAAACUGAAACUCCGCCUCCUCCACAGACACUCCCCCCUGCCCUGGUAGAAGCUACUAUGCAAGCUGCUGUGUCUGUGCCAAAGAAGAAGCGGAAGAUGAAGGAUCUGAACAAAAAGGAGACCGUGGGCGACCUCCUCGAUGCCUUUAAAGAGCAGGAGCAGGUAGUGGUUCCUCCUGAGCCUGAACCAACCCCCGUUCCAGAGACGAAGCCCCCCGUCGUCUCCACUCCUGCCCCAGAGGAUCCGGAUAUGACCUGGGAGGACAAGGAGGACAAAGAGGGCAAGAUGGACGCUGAAAACACCAAGCCGGAUCCCAACAACCCUGACAAGAAGUACCAGUACAAAGAGGAAAAUUGGAAGCCGAUCGACCCAGAGCAGAAGAAGCACUACGACAGAAAGUUUCUUCUGGGUUUCCAGUUCAUGUCCGCCAGCAUGAACAAGCCCGAGGGUCUGCCAGCCAUCAGUGAUGUCGUCCUGGACCAGGCAAACAAGGCCCCUCUGCGCCAACUGGACCCCAGUCGUAUGAAAGAAAUGAUCUCUGGCCCCGACUUCACGCCUUCCUUCGCUAACCUCGGCAGACCUAACAUGGGAGGAGGAGGUGGUGGAGGAAGAGAAGGAAGAGAUGGAAGAGAUGGAAGGGAAGGAGGAGGAGGAAGAGAAGAAAGGAGAGGACCUCCUCCAGGUAUGGGUAUGGGUGUCGGGGGUCCUCGUCGCUCGGCGCAGAUGCAGCGCGAAAAGCCGAGGAAGGUCUUCACCACCAUGUCUCUGAGCGAUGACAUUCAGCUGAACAAGGCGGAGAAGGCGUGGAAACCUACGACGAAGAAAACCCGCGUGGAGGUCGAGAGUGAGAGCGACGACUCAGAGCACGGGAAGACCCAGGAGCUGUUUAAAAGUGUUCGCAGCAUCCUCAACAAACUCACCCCGCAGAAGUUUCAGCAGCUCAUGAAGAUGGUGAUCGAUCUCACCAUCGACACGGAGGAGAGAUUGAAAGGAGUCAUCGAUCUGACCUUCGAGAAGGCCAUCGCCGAGCCUAACUUCUCCGUGGCCUACGCCAACAUGUGCCACUGCCUCAUGGGGCUUAAAGUUGAAACCACAGAUAAGCCGGGAGUCACUGUGAACUUCCGCAAGCUGCUGCUAAACCGAUGCCAGAAGGAGUUCGAAAAGGACCAAGUUGACGACGAGAUCUUCGAGAGGAAGCAGAAAGAGCUGGAUGCUGCCACAGUGCCGGAGGAGAAGCAGCGUCUCACUGAGCAGCUGCAGCGCGAGAAAGACAACGCCCGCAGGCGCUCGAUGGGCAACAUGAAGUUCAUCGGAGAGCUGUUCAAGCUGAAAAUGCUCACAGAGGUCAUCAUGCACGACUGCAUCGUGAAGCUGCUGAAGAACCACGACGAAGAGUCUCUGGAGUGCCUCUGCAGACUGCUGUCCACCAUCGGAAAGGACCUCGACUUCGAGAAGGCCAAGCCUCGUAUGGACCAGUACUUUAAUCAGAUGGAGAAAAUCAUAAAGGACAAGAAGACCAGCUCCAGGAUCCGCUUCAUGCUGCAGGACGUGCUGGACCUUCGACGGAGCUCGUGGGUCCCCAGGAGAGGCGAACAGGGCCCGAAGACGAUCGAGCAAAUCCACAAAGACGCCGAGCUGGAGGAGCAACGGGAGCAGAUGAAGGUGCAGCAUGCCUUUAUCUCUAAGCCGUCAGGAGGCCACGGAGGAAGAAACGACGGAGGAAGAAACGACGGAGGAAGGAACGACGGAGGAGGUCGAGGGGGCCGUGGGGGCCGCGAGGGCCGCGACAGCCGUGACAACCAGGGCCGAGGGCAAACUCCCCAGGACGAAGGCUGGAACACAGUUCCCAUCUCCACCAAAAGCCGACCCAUUGACGCCACUCGCUUUAGCAAAAUCACUAAGACUCCUGCUCUUGACUUCACCAGUCAGGUCCUGGGCCCCGGUGGUAAAGGCAUGUUUGGCAGCUGGGGGAAGGGCAGCAGCGGGGGCAGCACCACUGCUAAACCUGCAGAAGCCGGCCCAGAGCAGCCAGCCGGCCGCCCAGCCACCAACACGGGGAACAGAUUCUCCGCCUUACAGCAGGCGACCUCCGGCUCCUCGGCUGCUCAGGACUCAGACAGACGAGUCCCUCAGAGAAACAGCUCGAGUCGAGAGCGCGGCGACCGUUUCGAUCGCUCGGCAGCCGUAGGCAACGACCGGUUCGACCGGCGUGACGACCGCGACAUAAACCGCCUGCAGGUCACCACGCGGCAGCUUCAAGCCCGGAGAAACGAGGGGAGCCGCGAGGCCGGGAGCUGCGCUGGGUCGGCAGAUCCCGUCCGCCGCGUUCGCCAGCAAAUGUACGCGACGACAGAGGGAGCCGAGAGAGUAGCCAGGAGCAAAGAGGACGUGACACGAGAGAAAACUGACACCCCUCCUCCCCCCCCGGCCUCCACCAAGCCCACGCUGACGGAGGAGGAACUGACCAAGAAAUCCACCGCCAUCAUCGAGGAGUAUCUGCACCUCAACGACAUGAAGGAGGCUCUGCAGUGUGUGCAUGAGAUCAGCAGCACUCAGCUUCUCUUCCUCAUCGUACAAAUCGGCCUGGAGUCGACGCUGGAGCGCAGCACCAUCGCCCGAGAGCGCAUGGGCCUCCUGCUGCAGCAGCUCAUCAAAGCCGGCACUCUGCCCAAGCAGCAGUACUACAACGGGCUGCAGGAGAUCCUGGAGGUGGCUGAAGACAUGGCCAUCGACAUCCCUCACAUCUGGCUGUACCUGGCAGAGCUGAUCUCCCCCAUGCUGCACGAGGGAGGCAUCCCCAUGGGGGAGCUUUUCAGGGAGAUUUCCAAACCUUUGAUUCCUCUGGGCCAAGCCGGAGUCCUGCUGGUGCAAAUCCUCAACUUACUGUGCAAAGAAAUGAGCCAUAAAAAGGCAGGAGCGAUGUGGCGAGAGGGCGGGCUCCGGUGGAGAGACUUCCUCCCCGAGGACGUCGACGUCAACAAGUUCGUGACUGAGAAGAAGGUGGAGUUCACGCUGGGUGUGGAGUCUGAGGACGGUCAGAAGGAGGAGCUGAGCUCUGAGGAGCUGAGCAAACAGAUUCAGAGGCUGAUCCAGGAUCAAGCCGACGACCAGAGGCUGUUUGACUGGAUCGAGGCUAACCUGGAUGAGCAGCAGAUGUCCUCCAACAUGCUGGUCAGAGCUCUGAUGACAUGCAUCUGUCAGUCAGCCAUCAUCUAUGAGAACCCGAACAAGGUGGACGCCGCUAAGAUCAAGAAGAGAGCGAAGGUCCUGCAGAAAUACCUGAGUGACGACAAGAAGGAGCUGCAGGCUCUCUACGCUCUGCAGGCGCUGAUGGUGGAGCUGGAGCAGCCGGCCAACCUGCUGCGGAUGUUCUUCGACAGCCUUUACGACGAGGACGUGAUCAAAGAAGAAGCUUUCUACAAGUGGGAGUCGAGCAAAGACCCGGCGGAGCAGCAGGGGAAAGGCGUGGCUCUAAAGUCCGUCACCGCCUUCUUCACGUGGCUCCGAGAGGCCGAGGAUGAAGACGAGUCCGACAACAGCUAGAGGAGGAAGACGCUCGGAGGAUUCAGAAGAAAAACCCUGAAUCGGCAAAAUCCUUCUGCAUAAACAGAAACACAAAAAAAAGCAAGAAAAAAAAAAAAAUUCUUCAACUGGGAGAGAUUGUAUUACGGAUCGAACACUCGAUCAGUUAUUUUUUUUUGUUUCCUUUAUUUUUUUUGUUCCCUUUUUUGCGCAACUGAAUGUCUUUUUUGGAAAUAAAUACAGAAUAAAAUAGAGCGAGUAGAAGAGCGAGAUAAGAGCCGCGAGAGAAGAGCCGUUUCCUUCAGUAUUUCUUUGAAGUUAACCUGUUUUUUUCAAACGUCUUUUUUUUCCUCGCCACGGUCAAACACUAUUCAAGACACUUUGCUUAAUGACAGAUAUAUAAAAAAAUAAAAUAAAAAAAAACUUUAAAAGGCUGUUCACAUUUAUAUUUUUGAUGACUUCAUCGUGUGAGCGGCAGCAUCACAUCGAUCGGUGUUGGAUCUACACGACCAAGCGCUAGUGUAGACGGUUAACUUUCCCUUUCAUCUUGUGUUGGAUGGUUGGAGUGAGUGUUUUGUAAUAAAAUUAAAAAACUACAAAGAAGAGUGGCGAGCGCUGUCGAAGGGACGUUUCAGACGGACGGUUUGUGGACGUGACGACAGAUUUCACGCAGACUUUACGAGUGGGAGGCGAUGAACUUUGACCAUUUUUUGCUGCUGGGGGGCGACGAUGCUUCCCUGACGCCCAAAAAACCCCAAAACCAUGUGUCUGUUAUACUCCUGCGCUUCAAAACACAAACUGUGGACUGAGAGAAAGAAAACACGCUCCUGCAAAGCCUGUCGUCGGAUCUUUAAAAUAUGAGAUAAAAAGUACACGGACAAAAAAUCCACUUGAAUAAAACACAAAAAAAAAAGCUCAACAGUUCGGAUCCUAAAGCCUUUCUGCUUCCUCCAGUGGAAACGCAUUUCAGGAGAGUUCUGUAAAUAUAUAAAUGGCUUCUGUUUUUUCAAAGAAAAAAUGCUAAUGUAUCGCCAUGUGAUUCCCCCGAAACAAGUCUUUAUCUCCUGUAUUUAUAUUUUUCUCUCCUCGGCCCGGCAGAAGGUGCUUGUAUAAUUAUCCAACCCCAAGUCAUUGAUUACAAUUUAAUUGAACAUUUGUAAAUACUUUUUUGCUUUACUUUAUUAAAAAGAUAUUUAAUUAAAGUAAAAUGAUUUCCUCUUUUCACAUCCAAAAACUGGAAGAGAUAAUAAAGAUUGUUGCCAAUAAAAGAAAAAAAAAUGUC